AUGCCUUCCCUAGCCAAUUUCUUCCAUACUCAGCUAAUUCUCAAGAUACCACUGCCAACAUCUUCCUUUGAAGCCAAGACGGUCAUUGUCACUGGAGCCAAUGGGGGCUUAGGCAAGGAGAUUGUCAAGCAUCUCAUCCGCCUUGGAGCUGACAAGAUCAUAUUUGCCUGCCGCAGUCAAUCGCGAGGCGAAGAAGCAAAGGCGGAAAUUGAGGCUGUCACUCAUUGUGAUCCCGCGAUUAUCCAAGUCUGGACACUCGACGUCGCCUCUUCCUCAUCCAUCAAGGCCUUUGUGGACAAGGUGAACACUCUACCAAGGUUGGACGUCGUCAUCAACAAUGCAGGAAUCGGCGCGAGUAGCAAAGUCCAGGUAUACGGAACUGAAAGUACCCUCGGCAUCAAUGUCAUCGGGACCUUUCUGCUGGCCGUGCAACUUAUCCCAAAGCUGAGAGAGACUGCCCGCAAGUACGAGACGACGCCGCACAUGACCUUUGUUGGGUCGGCCUUGUAUGAUAUUGCCAAAUACCCCGAGAACCACGGCGACGAUAUCUUUAGCUGGUUCAGCGACGAUGCGCAUUUUGAUAAGACGAAUCAAUACAAUCUUUCAAAGCUAUUGCAGCUCUAUGCGGUCAUCAAAAUGUGUGCCGCCAUCGACCCAGUCGAAAAGACAAACCUUCGUCCCAUUGUGGUAAACUCCCUGGACCCCUGUUUCUGCAAGACUGGGUUGGUGGGAGGUUUGACGGGUGUAGCCCGAAUCUUCUUCAAUAUCUUCCAGGCAAUGUUCGCCCGUACUGCUGAAGAGGGCUCACGGCUAGUGGUGCAAGCUGCAGCAGCAGGAAGAAAAACUCAUGGACUAUACUUGAGGGCGGGAGAGGUGCAGGCGUAUGCACCCAUUGCUCUUGACAACGAGAAAGCCACUUGUGUUUGGGAAACUUUGUGUAAAAGGUUGGAGCAGAUCCAACCAGGAGUUUUGGAGAAUCUGAAUUGA